AGAAGCGAAUGAAUGUGGGCUGUAAAUGUUAUAUGUUGUAUUUGUCUUGAGUGUAUUUAUUGGUGCGGAUCAAUAAAUGGAUUUUAAAUAAGUGAAUACAUUGUUUGGAAAAAUGGCAAAAAGAUUAACGGAAGAAAUGGUCAUUGCCAGGACCAAAAUUUCGGAUUUGUCGAAAAUUAAAAGGCUCAAUUGCUGGGGCAGUGAAUUGGUAGAUGUCUCUCUAUUAAGAAAAAUUUUAAAUGUUGAAGUUUUAUCUUUAAGCAUCAACAAAAUCAACAGUUUAGCCGAUUUCCAAUUUUGCAAACGAUUAGAAGAACUCUACAUAAGACAAAACGACAUUCGCGACUUAAACGAGCUCGUCUACCUGCAAAAUUUGCCCAAUCUUAAAAACUUAUGGUUGGGCGAGAACCCUUGCUGCAAUUUUGAAGGGUAUCGAUUGGCAGUAAUAAAAACCCUACCGCAACUCCAAAAACUCGACAAUCUUGCAAUCAGCGAAGAUGAAUUGAGAGAAGCUCAAAGACGCGGCAAGACUCUAUGUCAUCCUGAUGACGCACAAGAAGAAAUUUAUUCACCUUCUCCACCUCAACAACAGUAUAACAGGUAUCAGGAAGACUCAGAGCCUGAAUAUAGAAGCCCACAACAUGAGACUGAAGAUGACCCAGAAGAAAGUGAAGAUCCUUACCCUAGAGAUGAUGUUUCAGAAGAAAGCAGAGACCAUUCUCCUACACAACUGAGAAGACAAGAACAACGAAGAAGCUACAGCCCAGAAGAACAAUACAUUGAACGAAGAAGAAACAGCUACGAACGUGAAACUCCUAGACAAGCUUACGAGGAAUAUACUAAUGGUGACAGAUAUAUUCAGCAGUACAGCAGAAACGAAGGCAACGAAGUUACAUCGAAUGAAAAAAGGUAUUCCUGUCAAGCAGCUACUCAUAGACCGCCAUUUUCUAGAAGACCGGUUGCAAGAAACUCAAAUAUUCUCUCUGCGGUUUUAUGUUUAGUAAAAGAGCUUGACUAUCCAAGUUUGGAAGUGGUCGAAAUGGCUGUUAGGUGUCGUAUGGACGAGUUAGAUGAAUGACAAAGAAAUUGAUGCACAAUAACUUAUUUUAAUCUAUGUGAAUGUUUUAAUAUGAAUUUACAUUUAGAAUUUAAUAGACUACCAUGCAGAGGCUUUAUUCAGAUCUUUUUACAUCGAUUUAUUGACUCAAAAUUAUGAUUCAAAGAAUUUUAUAUGAAGC